UGAACGGGCUCCAGGCUCGGACCUUCGGCGUCUGGACCCUGCUGGCCUCGGUGAUCCGCUGCCUCUGCGCCAUCGACAUCCGCAACAGGACCCUCUAUCACAUCACACUCUUUACCUUCUUUUUGGCCCUUGUUCACUUCCUCUCCGAGGUCUUCAUUUACCACACUGCAGCCUUGACAGUUGGAGUUAUGGCACCCCUCAUGGUAGCAAGUUUCUCCAUUAUGGGGAUGUUGAUUGGGCUGCAGUACCUGGAGGUAGAGGCAGUGUCACAAAACAAGAAGAAAAACUGA